GUGCAAAAUCCACUGAAAAUCGAAUUAUGUGGUUCUGCAUCUUACUCCUAUCCUUAUUCACGUUGCUGGCACAUGAUUGCUUAGCCCUCUAAGCAUCUGAUGGUGCCAAGCAAAAACAUUUCCCCGCCCCUAAAGAACCAGGAAGAGCAACCACAGCCACCACUACAAAAAGCGCAGUACCUUCCCAUAGUCUCAGGUGGAGGAGAAUUUUUGCAGGGGAAGUCCUGAUAGAAGCCCACCCUCACUUGCUGUGGGGCUGUAGAGCUUGAGACAUGACUGUACGGAGAAGAGAAGUCUGUCUGCUCAAUACUCGAGCUUGCUUGCUGCUGGCAAUGUACCUGUGGCACUGGGCACACCAGACUCUGGCAUCAACGUGCCCUGAUGGUGAGCUGAGAGCAAUUGCUAAGGAUGUAAAGAAAUGCUGCCCCAAAUGCUUCUCCAGCACAGAGAACAUCAGCCCAUGUGAAGAAGCGAAAGAUGCCGACUGCAAGUGUCCUCAGGGAUUCAGUUGUGCUGAUAGGUCCUGCACCUCCUGCAGGAAAACUGAAUGUCCAGAGGGCGAGGAGCUGAUUAGGCUAGGUGUUUUUUACUAUACAUAUUCAUGUAAACCAUGUGAGACAGGAACCUAUUCUAAUGGUAAGAACAGCUGGUGCCAAAGCUGGACUGAUUGUGAAAGUUCUGGCCUUCUAACAAUCAAGCAAGGCAACAGCACACACAAUUCAUUAUGUGGCUACCUGGUUAAAUAUUUGGACCGAGACAGUGUUACAAAUGAUUCUCGGUACACCAUUAUGCUGGCCAUCCUGACAGCAGUGGGUCUAUUUGUUCUCAUCUUGCUGACCUUCUUCUUGCAUCUCUGCAUAUGGUUGCUGAAGAAGGAGAAACACCCCGCAGCUGACAAUGUGGAAUGUAACUUCUCUAGGCUGCCAUUGGCUCCACAACCACCCCACCAUAAAGAAGAGACUUACAGCUGCCAGUUUCCAGAAGAAGAACAUGGAGACAAGAUACUGGAAGAGAAACCUUACUACUUCCAACCUCCGAGUCUCCACUGAGAACAGAUAAACUGCAACGUGCUGUGAGAAUGAGGAGCUGAGCUCAGCUGUAAACCAAACAGGAGGGAGGGACUGAGUGCAUAAACAUCACUAUGUACAUA